CUGUCGGAUACAUCCUCCAUGCUGCACAGGGUCCAGCAUCCUUCAUGGCAGUAUCAGCCCUCACCUACUCAUUUUAUAAUAAACACCUUUUAUAAACAUCUUUAGACUGCAUUUCUUUUACUCUGGAGAAAAAGCAAACCGUAAAGCAACUACAAUACAAUUAGAGCAUUUGGCUGUGUACUUUUAUUAACAGCAAAAUUAAUCUAUGUAUCAGGAACGGCAGCACUGGCCGAGUUCACGGUGUAAGUAAAACAUUUCACGCAAAACUGCCAAGUUCCAAAGGUGUGUUACAUACAGCCAAAAAAACAUAACUGCUACAACUGGCCAUAGGUUACAAAACCAGACUUCACUCCCCCACUUUUUUUUAAAUUAUUUUUUAAUCUUUGGGAAACGGUUUGGUUUUCUACAAGCUGUUAGUCGAAAGGGCACGUAUGAUUUGGCAGACUAAUGUAAUGUCUUAUGUGCUCCUGUCAAUUUCAGGGAAGAUAAAAUCUACAAGGAUACUUAAUUAAAAAAGAAUGCAAUGUCUGUUUUAUAAAUCACUGCUGCCAUCUGCCCCGCAAACGCGGAGCAUGGAAGCGGUCUUGUGUUUAACCAGCGUGGGAAAAAGCCUGGAUCUGAAUUAAACCAACUUACUGAAAUAACUUUUUUUAAAAGUACAGGCUUAGCCUAACGCGGCACCACACACCGGCGUUUCCUACUUGGCGCUAGGCACAGAAACCCGCGUUAAGGUCACAGAAAGGCGGGCGGGCAGCGCUCCCACGGGCGCUGCCAGCUCCGGGCAGCGCCGGGGGCCGGAGCCUGCCGGGCCGGGCAGCGGCUGCGUGCGGGUGUCACAGCCCGUGUGUGCGAGGAGCGCUCGGCGCGUCCCCCGGCUCCGCCCGCAGGGCUGCCCCGGGCUGACCCGCGGCCACGCCGCCGUGGGGACGGAUUUACGGCAUCGGCGCGGCCGCGGCCGGGGUCUCGGGAGCUGCCGGGCGAUCUCUGCGGAGCCCGGCUGCGCCAGGGGAUGACCCGGACGCCCCGGUUUUGUCGCAGCCCGGCGGCGGCGGGACGCGAGUGGCGGUGAGAUAGAAGAUGAAUUCAGCUGAAAUCACUGAUGAUGAUGAAGUAAAAAUUCCUAAAAGAAAUGUGAAAGUAGAAACAGAAAAUGAAGAUGAAGCUCUAGACUGCUCAGUAACUUCCAGAUCUGCUGAGAAGCACUCACUGGAUGGUGCAGUGACUUGCCUACAGGAUUCCAACAAAAGGAAACAGACCUCCCUUGGCUGUGAUGGGUCAGGAGGCCAGCAGGAUGCCUUACCCAGCGUGAAGAAGAGACGCUUUACACAGGAGGGCUCCCUUUCAAACAUGAGGAACAGAGAUGCUGGUUCACCCACUCAGGUAAAUGCAGAGCAGCCAAGCAAGAACAAGAAUUCUAAUGUAACAUGGCUGUGUGAAGAAGAAUCCUUCAGUGACAUAAUCACUCCAUCUUAUAAAAAACCUCUCUAUGGCAUCUCACACAAAAUCACAGAGAAGAAGAACCCACCAGGAGCAGAGCAGUUUGCUUCUUAUGAGUUGUUUGAAAAAAUCAACCCCAGCAGUCCCUCACAAAUUCGGACUUUGAACGAUCAGCGCAAGAGAGACUCGGCCAUUGCGGUAGCAGCAGCCACAGCAGAUUCAGAAUCAAAUAUAUAUUCUUUGAUACAGAAAAUGUUUUACACACUGAACACCCUCAACACCAAUAUGACUCAGCUUCACAGUAAAGUUGACCUGUUGUCUCUGGAGGUUAGCAGAAUUAAAAAACAAGUCAGUCCAGCAGAGUCCGUUGCUGACUUCAAGCCUCCCCCGGAGUACCAGCUGACUUCCACGGAACUCAAACAAAUCAUGGAUCAAAGCACAUCGGGCGGAGACCUGGCUUGCCGGUUGCUCGUGCAGCUCUUCCCAGAGCUCUUCAGCGACGACGAGUUCGGCAGGAGCUGCAGUGCAUGUGGCUUUCUCAACAAAAGGAAACUUGAAUCUCUUCAUCUGCAGCUUAUUCGUAACUAUGUGGAAGUUUGUUAUCCUUCUGUGAAGAAUACAGCUGUGUGGCAGUUGGAGUGUUUGCCUCAAGUCAAUGAUUUUUUCAAUAGAUUUUGGGCUCAAAGGGAAAUGGAAAACAGUCAGCAGAAUGUGCAAUCAUCCAGUUUUUAUGAGACUGAGCAGGUGGAAUCCUCUCAUUUCAUGGAGGAUAAAGAGCAGGAAGAAGCUUUGGACAGGAGUAAUGUCAUUGCCUCAGAUUACAUGCUGGAUGCUCAGGAUCUCAGUGAAUUUUUAGAUGAAGCUUCUUCACCAGGAGAGUUUUCUGUUUUUCUGUUACACAGACUGUUUCCAGAACUCUUUGAUCACAGAAAAUUAGCUGAAAGGUACAGUUGCUUUGGAGACUCUGGAAAACAACUGCUGGAUCCUCAUCGGCUUCAAAUAAUCCGUAGGUACACUGAAAUUUACUUUCCAGACGUGCAAGAAGAAGAAGCCUGGUUGCAGCAGUGUGUUCAGCGAAUAAAUGAUGAGCUUGAAAGUACGUAUAUGGAUGGAAGUGAAUGUGACCAGAUGAGAGAUGACUGUUACGAUUCUUCUAGUUUACCAGAUGAUGUAUCAAUCAUAAAAGUGGAAGACAGUUUUGAAUAUGAAAAGCCUGGCAGACGGUCCAAAAAAAUUUGGCUUGUACCCAUAGAUUUUGACAAACUUGACUUUCCCCCUCCUGAUUUUGAUGUUCCUGUCCCGGAUUACCUGUUAAACAAAGAACAGAUUAAAAGCAUAUAUGAAAGCAGUCUUUCCAUAGGCAACUUUGCUUCCCGAUUGCUUGUUCUCUUAUUUCCUGAACUAUUUACUCAUGAAAACUUACGGAAGCAAUACAACUGUAGUGGAUCUUUAGGCAAGAAACAGCUUGACCCCACUAGAAUUAAAUUAAUUCGACAUUAUGUGCAGAUACUGUACCCCAGAGCAAAGAACGACAGAGUGUGGACGUUGGAGUUUGUUGGGAAGCUUGACGAGAGGUGUCGACGAAGAGACACGGAGCAAAGGCGCUCAUACCAACAGCAACGGAAAAUCCACGUGCCAGGGCCUGACAGGAGGGAAUUUCUCACCUAUGCAAUAAACCCUGAGAGAUUUCGGGAAGAAUUUGAAGGGCCGCCACUGCCACCGGAAAGAAGUAGCAAGGAUUUUUGCAAGAUACCACUCGAUGAACUUGUUGUUCCUAAUCCAGACUUCCCUGUGCCUUCUCUGUAUCUGCUCUCUGACAAGGAGAUAAGAGAGAUAGUGCAGCAGAGCCUGUCGGUUGGCAACUUUGCUGCCAGGCUUCUCGUAAGACUCUUCCCUGAACUCUUUACUCCAGAGAAUCUGAGACUGCAGUACAACCAUUCAGGUGCUUGUAAUAAAAAACAGCUUGAUCCCAUCAGACUGAGACUGAUCCGUCAUUAUGUGGAGGCAGUUUAUCCUGUGGAGAAAAUGGAGGAAGUGUGGCAUUAUGAAUGUAUACCGAGCAUCGAUGAAAGGUGCCGGCGUCCUAACAGAAAAAAGUGUGAUAUACUGAAAAAAGCUAAGAAAGCAAAAAAAGUGACAGGCUCUUUAAACUGCUAAGACUUUGACCACUAAAUUAUUGUCAAGAGUAUGCUUUGGUUUAGACUGAAGGGCCUGUCGGGAGCUGAGGGUUCUCAGCCCCUGGGACAGUCAGGCACUAAAUUUGUUGCGUUUCAGUGUGUGUGUUGCAUUUCUGUUGGCACUGCAGCAGUGGGAAGUGGCUGACUACAUUAGUACAUGGGUAAAGAGCAUCAGUGACAGCUGUCAAUGACUCGCUAAGAGCAUGAUAUUCACUGGUGCAAAUACAUGUAUUGAAACUAUUGCUCCACUCCCCAUUUCUGCAUCUUCCUUUUCUAUCACUUUCUAAUAAUAAAGAAUUUUUUUUUUAUGGUUGUGCUCUUCAAGAGCAGUUUUUCAUUGUACCAUUAUAAACAGUAUUUUUAAUUAAUUCGGAUUUUGAAAUGUGUAGACUAAGUUUAAUUUAAAUUUGAAUGUGCCAUUUGCAUUGGAAAUCAUUGGAAUAUUAGACUUUGCUUUUACAGUAACUUCAGCUUCACACUUGUUUUGUUUUUCAUGAUAUUGAGGUACUGGAAGUUAUAAUACUGUGUCAAAGAGUGGGUCAGAAUGGUGUCAUUUGCAUUUUUGACUGUUACAUUGGUUUUAUUUCCAAAAUCAAGAAUUUAUGUUGAAGAAUUGAGACAUGAACAUAGACACUAUAUGAAUGUUGUUUUUUUUUUUGCAUUGACACCACAAGCUUGAUCCUGCCCCAUAAAUUGUUAUUGUUUUGUCCAGUGUAACUGCUGGAGUGACUGAGGAUUGCUUGUCUUGGGUAAAGCCAGCAAAACAGACCCAAGCCUAUCUAUACCCAUGGAAUGUCUUCCCAUCAUAUGCUUGCCACCCUGUUUGUAAAAUAGCAGAAGCAACAGCGACAUCAAAAAGACCUGAAACAAGAACUUAAAAAAAUUUAGACCUUACUUUCUAUCAAAAUCAUGAUUCCAAAGGUUUCCAGCGUUGAUAUUGAAUUACAUAUAUAAAAAGUAUGUGCAGAGAUUGGUUUUGUGGUGAAAUCCAGUGUUUCAGGGUCCCAGCAUAUGAGCUGUGGUAAUGUAGCUUACUCUUUCCAUGAAUGCAGCAGCAUCUGGAUAUUUUGGGUGUAGGGAUAUGGAACUCCCUCACUUCACCAAAUUGUUUUAGUGUUAUUAGUAGCUAUUUGGAGACAUAACUGUGUAUGUAUAACUUAGGUUCAUAUGGUCAAGUUUGCAUCAUUAAUAUGUUCAAGUGUAACAAAGACCAUCCAGAACCCAACAUGAAUUUGCUGUAUGACUUGUCACUGGAGAGUGCUGCUUUAAAACUAGUUUUCUCUUUCUUUUUUACAAAAAAUUAAUACUGAUAGAAAGGGUGAGAGAGAGUCAAUUAUGGAUUCUUAAUACAGUAAAGACAGUGGUUGCCUGCAGAGCAUCACUGAACACCUUGGAGCAAUUGUUGAUGUUCUCUGUGGUCCUUUUCUGUUGUUUACUUAGAUGGGUCAUAGCAAAUUUUAAGUCAGUUCCAAUGUAAUUUUCUAUUUUAGCAUUUGUAAGGAAGUACAAAAUAUUUGAUAUUUUUACUUCAGAUUUUUAGAAUAUAUUGUUUGUAGACUCAUAUUGAUCCCUUUAAAAGGAAAACAAAGUGGUUUUUCCUGAUGGCAAGAACUAGUAAAUGUAUUGUGUUAAACUGGGAGUAAAUCAUAGUUAGUAGCAUUUGCUCAUUUUGCCCAUAUGCUAGAAACAUUCUCAGAGAAUGUAUGAAAAAAGUCAUGAAUGUACUAAAUGACACAUUGAUACUGUUUAUAUCCAUUUAAAUGUUUCCUGUUGGUUUAAGUAAUAGCAGACCAUAUUCAAAAUGGAUAUCAGAGCAAAUACGGCUAUAAUAAAUCAAAAUCAUUUUACCAAAGAUAAAGAACUGAUACCACAAUGUCUGCAUCUGUUCAUUUUAGUGCAUAAAUUUGUCAGAUUGAAUGUAUCAGAAACCAAGACUCUCUUGUCAUUGUAUGCUACCUAGAAACUCUGAAUUUUUUUUACAUGCACUUUUAUAGGAUAUGUAAAAUAACAGAAGAUCUUAACAGCUGUUUAAUUUGUGGUUGCAAAUAGCUGACCAAAAGGUAAGAAAUGCAAUUUUAUUUUCUUAUCUUAAGUCAUAUGUUUCACCACUUAGUGAUGUCAAAGCUCCCAGAAGAAUUCAAUAUAUAUUGAACUUUUUUACAAGGGAUAGAUGUUACUAGCUAGCAUGCAAGUUUGAGACAUACUGGCUUUUACUGUAGAUGUUGAUAUUAAGUCAAAAAAAUAAGUCAGUUGAUAUUAUCUAAAAAGUAGUGAAAAAACCAAUUUGACAACUUUGAUCAUAAAAAUGAUAAAUUCUAAUUUUUGAAACUAGGCAUAAAAUAUUUUUGUUGCGUUUUUUUUCUCUUAUUGCUGUGCACAUUCCUUUUGUCCAACUCUUCACAACCCUUUCAUGAUUUGUUUGAUUGUAUGCUUUAUAACUGAUAUCAACAAAAUACAGACGUAUAAAUAAUGGCAUAGUUCACUAACCCAAGCUCUUGCAGUGCAGCCACUUCAUCCAAUUGGUCAGUCUUGUAAAUAUAUUAAAGGAAUAUUAUUUUCAUACAAGAA